CACGCACGCACGCACGCAUACAUACAUACUCGCUCGCUCACUCAUCCACUCAUUCACUUUCCUUCUCACUCUAACACGUAUAAUAUAUAUGUAUAUAUAAAGAAAGACCGUUCGUCUAAUUUGUGAAGUCCGUUAAUAACCGUUCGGUGUUCCAUUAAAUAACGUUCCAUAGGCCGCUCGUGCGGCUCGGUAUGGGUAUCUGUUUCUGCUUAAAUUAGUGCACAGUGCGUGCCACAGCCUUACUCAACUCUACUCUUCGCUCCUCGUCUAACCAAAGCCGAAUCAUUAUGCCAGUGAUAAUACGUCGUUGCCUGUUGCUGUCUCGCUGUUACGCGUUCGAUAUCAAAGGGAAAGAAUGUUUCCACUCGAAGAAGUCCGACUUAUGUUUUAUUGGUGCAAUUAUGUUGGUGAAACCAAUUUGAUAAUAGAGAUAGUCGACUGAUAGAGAUGACAUGCAAAGAAGAAGACAGGUGUAUUCGAAUAAAAAGUCGUCGAUUUUGUACGAAUCAAAUCUAACGAAAGAGGUUUACGAAGUAAUAUUGUGAUUCGUUGUUAUCUUUAUGAGUUUACCAAGGACAAUAUUCUAAUGUUCUUUGAUGCAACGAGGUCAGUUGAGAGAUAUUUCCUCCUGGAUGACUCGUCUGUUUCCUGAACCCAGCGAGAGAAUGGAGGCUUUUAAGAUGUUUGGAUCGAAAACAAGUUGUCCUACCAGUACAUUCUAUACGGAUUUAGAGAUAACCGAAAGCAAAGAAGUAAUUACAGAAGAAUACGAAGAAAAACAAUGUUCUAAAACUUCUCCAUCAUUGAAGCAACAGAGUGGAACUAACGAAGAUGGAAACUCUCAAGAUUCGGAUAUACAAACGAGCACGGAAGAUCAGCAAUAUUCAAGAUGUUCCUUUCAUAGAAUCGCAAGUUUUGGAGGCUUUCCAAGGUUUCAACCGUUCGUUAUGUCAGCCUCUUCCCCAGCAGCAUGCAUCGACAUCGAUAGCAGUGAAGAAACAUCCAAAGAAACUUCCUAUGUUACAAUGUCGCACAGUGUUUUAGAGUACAGAAGUAGCAGGUAUGCAGCAUCAGAAAGAAAUUCUCAUCAAUACACGUUAGAUCCGUAUGCUAUCAGCGAAUCUGAAAGCGAAGAGGAAUCAGAAGAGACUAGAUCUUCUGAAACAGAAUCUAUUAUCGUUUUGGAUCAAACGGACGAAUCUACAUCCGAGCCAAAAUUACGUGUACAAAGAAGUUCUCCUGAUUCAAAAAGGAAAAAGGCACGUUGUGUAGCAGAGGAGUUAUUAGCAACGGAAAAGAAAUACGUUAACAUACUACACCUCAUCGAUCAAGUAUUUCAAUUCAGAAUUGAUCAAGAAAAUAGAGCUCAUCCCAUGUUUCCACCUGAAACGGUUCAACACAUGUUUUCAAAUAUCAAGUCUAUUUACAAAUUUCACAAUGACUUUUUAUUACCUCAGUUGGAAGAAAGGAUGCAAUGCUGGGAUUCUAAACCUAGGAUUGGAGAUAUCAUGAAGAAUUUUGCACCUUUUUUAAAAAUGUACACAGAGUAUGUAAAAAAUUUUGAUUACGCAAUGAACCUGAUAAAUACGCUGCAAAGCAAAGUCGCAAGAUUUGCAGCAAUAAUUAACGAUAUACAAAAAUUGGAUGAAUGCGCUAAAUUAUCACUGCCACAUCAUAUGUUAAGUCCAAUACAAAGAUUACCAAGAUAUGAAUUACUUCUUAAAGAUUAUUUAAAAAAUCUUACUGAAGAAAAUUCAGAUUAUGAAGAUACGAAAAAAGCUUUAGAAUUAGUAUCUACGGCUGCUAAUCAUACAAACGAAGCAAUGAAAAAAAUAGAUAAAUUUAAGAAACUUUUGGAAAUACAAGAAAGUAUAUAUGACGCGACCGAUCUAGUCAGUGCAACACGCGAGCUCAUUAAAGAAGGUCGUAUUGUCAAAAUUUCGGCGAGAAGUGGUGAUCACCAGGAUAGACAUUUGUUUUUGUUUAGCGAUCUAUUGUUACUGUGUUCAUUAAGACUGAUACCUGGUCCUCCAUAUCGUUUACGAGCCAAAUUUUUAAUCGAGGAUUUACAAGUAAUCGAAGGUGAUAAUUUAGAAACAGCAAAUACUUUUUAUAUUAGAGAUGAAAAUAAAAGCGUGGAGUUGUAUACGCAUUCAGCGGCAGAGAAAGCUUCGUGGUUAGACGCAUUGUUACAAACCAUGCAGGAAAUAAUGAGACGUAAAGCUAGUUUGAAAACUGGCAAUGCCAAAACAUCUUUAGUUAAAGCUGACGACGUGACUAGAUGUAUGGUUUGCGAAGUAAUUUUUUCAGUCAUGAAAAGGAAACACAAUUGUAGAGCAUGUGGAAUUGUUGUUUGUAGUAAAUGUUCAAAUCAAAAGUUAUUAUUCGAAGACAAUAAGAAUAUGAGAGUAUGUAGACUAUGUCACGCUGCUCUAACUCAACCUCUUAGCAAAUCUCCGUCGUCUCCGUCAGGACCAGUGCCAAGCUUGUUACAAGUUUCAGCAAGCGCAUCAUCAGUAUUGUCCGGUUAUCUUUUAUUGAAAACUCAAGCAAGCAAACCUUGGACCAGACGAUGGUUCGCGUUGCAUAUCGACUUUGUUUUAUAUUCUUUUAAAUCGGAAACAGAGAGUAUGGCCAUGACAGCAACACCUAUGCCAGGUUUCAUGGUAACGGACGGUGCAAUGUUAACAGACGAGGAUCCUUUAAGUAGCAAGGAUCGUAUAAGAGCAUUUAAAAUGCAUCACUCUAGAAAAUGUUAUUACCUGCAAGCUUCUUCCGAAAACGACAAAGAAAAAUGGAUGCACGCAUUGCAAUUAGCUACAAAAGCUGAACUACCUCAUCUGACCGAGAUUGAAACCGAACACGCACAAGAAUGUCAAUCGUUAAACGAUAUACAAUGAAAAUUUAUAUCUUCGCAUCUACGAACUAGCCAAUUUUGUACUAUCCUUCUCGUAAAUUAGGUAAUAGGAAUCUGUAAAAUAAUCGUUAGUUAGCUAUAUUUAAAAAAAUGACGUUAACUUAUGUUAUAUAUAUAUAUUGUUAUUAGUGUACACUACGAUCGAGUCAAUAGCGAGACGAACGCUGUCAUGACGCUUGUUGUUUUGUAAUGUUCUGUUAUAGUAUAUUUAUAAAAAUAUAUAUGUCGUUUAAAUACCAA